AUGUCGCCAGCAGCAACCCCCCCCAAGACGCCGGUGAGCAUGCAAGCGGAGCACUGCAUCAUCUGCGGAGUCUCGAUCGGCAUCCAGGACACCAACCUAACGAGAAUCCGAUGUUUCGAGACCAAGCCCGUGGAGCGGAAACACAUCCGGCUAUACCCUGCAGCGGAGCUGGAGAAGGCGUACUUCCGCAACCAUCCGUAUCGUUGGAUAUCGCUGUACCGACUAAGUGGGAUAUCUGCAUCUUUCAUUCUUUAUUCCUUGAAAUUUCAACGGAGAACGUCGCUAACAGGAGACCGGAUACUAGUCAUCUACAACCCGGACCUCAACGAAUGGACCCUUUCUGGAAUCGGGUCCCGCCAUCCAGAACGAGAAGUCGGAUACGUCCCCUGGGAUCCGACUGCCGCGUUGAUCGACCAGAAUAUCGUGACGCCGACGGAGGAUCUCAUGGAGGUGAGGAAAUGGGCCUUGAAACAGGAUAGCGAUACCGUACUGGGGUUUCCGGUCCAUAUGCACUGUUGGACGAUGACAGAGGUGGUGCUCGGGGAUGUCCUGGAGCAGCAUUUUGAUGCUCUGUGCCGGAUUCUGCGGCAGCAGUGGACGGCGUAUCGGAAGGGGUGGGAUAUGCAGUACAUUCAGCGUCAGCUGUGGCAUCAGACUUGGGGGUCUGGAUUCGCGUGGUUGAGACCGGGGCUUUAUUCGAAGGGGGAGAAGGGUAAGACCUGUUGCACUCCAUUUCUGACCUUCUAUUUUCUGGUUCCGUCUGAGCCGUUAACGAGGAGAAUAGUAAAUGAUCCGUUACGGAUUUGCGCCAUCAAGAGGACGUUACGGGAUGACCAAAAUCGAAAACCGAGAAAGAAGACGCAGCCACCCCCCGUCCAGCCGGUGGCUUCACCGGCAUUCUUCUUCCCGUGGAUGUCUCUUUCUGUCGAGAUCCAAAUGCUCGUCCUCGAGUAUCUCACUGACAAUGACAUCGACAAUUUGAGAACGGCUUCGAGACACGCAGUCCCAGAUUACUACUGGCGGCAUGUGGCACGUAAGGCGCUGAAGUUUGGGAGAGCCCAUGAUGAGGGAAAGAGGAGGGACUGGGAGUAUGUAUGGGGGAGGCUGCGGCGGUCCUAUGAGCAUGCGGAUAAGGAAGAAUGGAUGAAUCACGCGAGGAUUGCGGGGUUCUUGGGGAAGAUUAAGGCUGAGCUUUGGAGGAGUCUGAGGCCUGGGACGUGGGAGGGGACGCGGGUUGAGUGA